AUGGUUUCAAAAUUGAGGAGCGGAAAAUUUAAACUUAUAAAUCCACGAGUGUUUGUAGCCGUGGCUGGUUCCACUGGAGUUAAGAAUCUUUACGGCAGUACAAUACAGAUAAAAUUGAUAAAUUUAGUGAUACCUCAUCCGUUGUACAACCCAAGAACCAUGCAUCACGAUAUUGGCCUCUAUCGAUUUUCACCUUCUCGCUCUUUCAACCGUCUCACCGGCAUUAUUGUCCAUUAUCCCAAGCUCACGGAGCCCUUCAGGAUAACCCGAUUUGUCUAUCCAUCUCCUAUUCCAAAUUCUAUUGACGAUACGCUUGCCCAAACCAAAUUUCCAAUCUGUACCGUCGUGGGCUGGGGGCGGCUGAAGCCAGGUUCGGAUGUAGGCUACGGUGAUGUGCUAAGGAAGGUUCGAGUGCCAUUGAUAACAGCCGAAAAAUGUAGGCACCAAGUUUAUUCGGGUGUCAGGAGAGACAGUCAACUAUGCGCAGGUGUUGACGAAGGGGGCAUUGAUAGUUGCCAGGGUGAUAGCGGCGGUCCAAUGCUGUGCGACAACGUUCAAGUUGGCGUAGUUUCAUGGGGCAUAGGCUGUGGGAACAAAAAAUCACCUGGUAUAUACAGCAGAGUUGAUUACUACCUCGAUUGGAUUAACAGUACCGUGACAAGAAAUACUGUGACAGUAAGCAAGUACCUGCCUGCGUUACACAGAAAUAAUCAAUCCAUGAUGCAUCUUAUUGGAAGCAACUUAUCGUACAUGCCUGACACGCCGAAUAGCUGUCGUUAG